CCGACGGGUGUGUAUUGGGGGUGUGUUUGAUCGUGACUUUCUUUCAAUUCUUCGUACCCGUGGCCGUUUAAAUCGUGAUAUCGUUCAUUUGCCUUUAUAUCAUUUGCGAGAAUCGUCUUUUGAGUGUUGUAGCGAAAUUUGUAGCUGUAAUAUAACGAUAGCAAACGAGAACUUGGUUAUGCCGGUCAAUCAGUUUUUAUGACUUGUACCAUAGAGAUCUUCAAACCACGGUUGUUAGUUGAUACGAGGUGUAAUAAGAUGAAAGGCAAACCUCCCGGUUCCACUUCCCAUCGAGCGUAGUCCACAUGGAUGCAACAAACCGGAAGGGCUAAGAGUCCAUUACGAAAGACGUCGUCGCCUUGGUUCUUGGCUUGCUUCUUCAACGAAUCGCGUUCGUCGAUCGGGGCCUGGAUUGAUUUUGCCGUAGUUGAACCGCGAGAAAAGUCGCGGGUGAUCGGUGCCGUGGAUGAGGAUGGCCUGGAGCAGCGGCACCACAAACGCACACCGGCGAUGCACCGAUCGCACCAUCGUCGUUCAUCGCGAUGCCUUUGUCGCAACUUGUAGUACGUUCGCUCGCGAGUCACGAUCGAUCGGAAUCGAGUACAGUAGAAACGGCCACGGCACUGCUACCUCUGGCUACACAGGCUACGCUGCCAAUUUCGACCAGGAAGAGGGCAUGGCCGAUUAGAGUCGCCCUUUUCGAUACACCUGCCGAGCAGCACGUGAUUCACAAAUUAGAAAAACGAGUACAUCUCACAGAAUGAAUACGUGCGGGGUCUAUUUUUCUCAGUUGCGAGCGAUGCUCGUGAAGAAUCUUCUGCUGAAGAAGCGCGAGAAGCUGAAGACUACAGUGGAGAUAUUUCUCCCACUUUGCACCCUAGGGGUGUUAAUCCUGUUAAAAGUGUUGCCACCAAAUCCAAACUAUCCUGCGAUGACAACGCAAAGGCAAGAAGCUGGAAUAUUUGAAACGUUCAAUGGUCACAAGAACAACACGAUAGCCGUGGUUCCAAACUCGACAGAAACUCUGAUCUUUUUAAAUUCAAUGAAUGCCUUGUGGUUAUCAAUGUGGGAUUAUCCUGGCAAACUUCCCUUAAAUUUUAUGGUAUUCGACACGAAGGAUGAUUUACAAGCGGCUUAUUGGAGAGACCCAUAUAGCGUACCCUUAGCAGUAAUUUUUGAAGACUCUCAACCUAUAUCUCAGCAACUUUUGUACGAGAUAAGAACUAAUCCAUCAUACACGAAUCCACCUUCACCGACUGAAUUGUAUUCCGCCCCAGUUACUUGCCGAAAGGAUACGAUCCACUGGAUGGGUGGCUUAUUGUCGAUAGAGACUGGUGGAUCUUGUCCUGUGAACAAUUAUCUACAUUCAGGUUUCCUGGCAUUACAAAUGAUAAUGGAUAUCACAAAAAUAAGACUAGACACAGGGAAUACUGAUGUUACCAUACCAGAUGUGAAGCUGGAAAUGUUCCCUAAAAAAGCUUUCACUGCAGAUUGGAUGCUGGCUCUUCGAGUUCUUAUACCUCCUCUCAUGGUCCUGACUCUUUCACUAUUCGUCGGUUAUCUCCUAAUCUUAAUAGUUGGUGAAAAAGAGAAGAAGAUUAAGGAGGAAAUGAAGAUAAUGGGCCUAAAAGAUUCAAUUUUCUGGUUAUCAUGGUUCAUUAUCUACGGUGUGUUUGUCUUAUUGCUUUCUGCUGUUGGAGUAAUUCUACUUUUUACACUACAAAUGUUUCAGCAUACGCACUUUCUACCGAUAUUUCUUUUAGUGGUACUCUACAGUUUUUCCAUAAUCAUGUUCGCUUUUAUGAUAACACCAUUCUUCGACAAAUCACGAACUGCCGGUGUACUUGGCAAUUUUGCAGUAACGAUAUUGAGCUUGUUGUACUUUAUCCAACUCUUCAUAAAAGAUUCUAGUUCAGUUCCACUUUGGUUAAUCUCUCUUCUUAGUCCAACAGGCGUUGCGUUAGCUAUGGAUAAGGCUCUUGUGCUAGAUCUACAAGGAGAAGGAGUUAACUUUGAUAAUCUUUGGUCAGGUCCUGGUAUACCUUUUGGUGGAAGUCUUAUUAUGAUGACUUUGGACAUAAUUCUCUAUGCUUGCUUAGCUUACUAUUUUGACUCUGUUAUACCAACUGAAUACGGAACAAAAAGAACUCCCUGGUUUUGCUUUACGCCUGGAUUUUGGUGUCAAAGGAAAACAUCCCGGGUACCAUCAUCAAAUGGUGAAUCGAACUCUUUUAUUCCUGGUGAAGAAGCUAACCGUGACGUUGAACCGGUAGUGCGCGAGAUGAAAGGUCGUGAAGCAAUUAGGAUAGUUGAUCUUUAUAAAUCCUAUCAAAAAUGUCGUAAGCCAGAAAUUAAAGCCGUAAAUGGUAUCAAUCUAACGAUUUAUGAAGGCCAAAUUACGGCGAUACUUGGACACAAUGGAGCUGGCAAAACAAGUCUUUUCAAUAUAUUAACUGGUCUCACUGCACCAACCGCUGGUACUGCUUUGAUUUUCGGUUACGAUGUUCGAGAUUCCAAUGAUAUGCAAAUGAUUAGAAGAAUGACUGGCGUUUGUCCACAACAUGACAUCCUCUUUGAUCUUCUUACACCUCGCGAACAUCUUGAAUUUUUUGCCGCUGUACGUGGUAUUCCAAGAUCGAUGAUUGAACACGAGGUGAAAAAAGCCCUAAAAGAUAUUGAUUUAAUUGAGAAAGCAGAUACUUUUGCGAAAAAUUUGAGUGGCGGUCAAAAAAGAAAAUUGUCUGUAGGUAUUGCCAUUAUUGGUGACCCGAAAAUUAUUAUUCUCGAUGAACCUACAGCCGGAGUUGAUCCCUACUCCAGAAGAAAAAUGUGGUCUAUCUUACAAUCUAGACGUCACGGGAAAGUGAUUCUGUUAACAACUCAUUUUAUGGACGAAGCAGAUAUAUUGGCAGAUAGAAAAGCUGUUAUUAGUAAAGGAAAACUGAGAUGUUGUGGCAGUUCUUUAUUUUUAAAAAAUAAAUUCGGUAUUGGAUAUCACUUAACGCUCGUACUUGAAGGAAAUGCAAGAGAACAUGCUAUUACCAGAUUAGUAACUUCUCACGUCUCAAAAGCAGAAAAAGCGAGACGCCAUGGUCGUGAAUUGAGUUUUAUUUUACCACAUAAUUCAGUGGAAAGUUUUGCACCACUCUUCUCAGCUAUAGAACACGAGAUUAAAACUCGCUCGAGUAGAUUGGGUAUUAGUAGUUAUGGAGUAUCAAUGACUACUUUAGAAGAGGUGUUCCUGCAUUUAGAAAAGGAUGGAGGUCCUGAAUAUACCGUGGAUAAUUUAUCAAAAAAAAUGGUGCGCAAUCGCGCAUUAAGCAGGUCUUUAUCGUUGCAAUCUAAAAGCACUUCUUAUCAGAGUUUGCAGAACGAAGGUGUUACAGUUCAGAAUGACGGUCAAGCAAAAGAGGCAGAAGAUUUACCGGAUGACGUUCAUAGUGAUAGAAACCCUCCUGUUCUCGGCCUCGGAUUAGACCCCAUAAAAAUUCGGCCUAAUUUCCUUCAAACCUUGUAUGCUAUGCUUCGCCUAAGGAUACUCAGGGUCUUUAGGAAUAUUCAGUUUUUAUGCUGCACUGUCCUUACGUCCCUUUUUUUGUUAAUUCUUGGCUUCCAUUUGAAAAGCAUUCAAACAGUCGAAGUCAAAAUGCAAUCUCUUAAAUUGAACACUGAUACUUAUGGAAAUGAAACCAAACUUUUAUAUGCAAAUAAUACCGAUCACGAUAUUACAGAUUUAAUCGAUGGUAUAAGCCAAGACGUAAAGUACAUUGAAGAAUACUAUGGAAGUUUUGCAAAUUUGUUACAAAUUUCACCACAUAUAGCUGUUUUUAAUAUCAAUGAGUAUAAUCUACCCAAAAUCCAUUUGACUGUCGCAUAUAACGACACUAUGCAACAUUCUUUACCAAUCUUAAUGAACCUACUAUCAAACACCUAUUACAGGUUGAUUUCUGAUAAAAAUAAUUUAAAACCGAUUGAAGUUAAGACACAUCCUUUCCAACAAACUUCUCAACCACAGGAAUUUAAUAUUGGUACAGCGAGUUCUACUAUGCUUAUUGGAAUGAUAUUUGUAUUGUUACCAAUAACUUUAAUUGUAGACAUGGUCUACGAUCGUGAAAUAAAAGCAAAGAAUCAACUUCGUACCAAUGGUCUUACAUUUUUUACAUACUUCUUGACAUAUUUUAUUACUCUUGUUGGCCAGAUGACAUUCAUCUAUUUGUGUAUUCUUGGCAUCAUAUUUCUUUUUGGCCUGCCUCAAUUCCAAGAAAAACCAGCACUCAUUACCCUUAGCGGUCUGUUGAUGCUUUAUUAUCCAUCAUCCAUUCUGUUCUUGGCGUGUUUAAGUUACAUCUUUGAUAAGAUGGAUUCUGCUCAGAGUAUUUUACCCAAUAUUACAGCUUACAUCGGAGUUAUUCCAUUUACACUAGUUAUGGUUCUUGAUAUGCUGGGCAUUAGUAGCACAGCAACGUUCGCUUUACACGUAAUUUUUUCAUUACUGAACACGUUGUACGUACCAUAUGCUGCAGUAUAUUAUGUAGAAAGAGUACAUCUAAUGUGUUCUAUCAAUGCUGCUUGCCAUCAUCUGACUAUGUCCGAUUAUUUAACCACGGAGAUCAUUUUAAUGGCCUUCGGCGUGCUUCUGCAUUGCCCGGUGUGGUUUUUCGUGCUUUUACUACUGGACAUUAAAAAGAGUGGUGGUAACGUCCGUGAUAUAUUGAAAUAUUUUCUGCGUAAUGGUGGCUCUAUUGGCGAGGAAAUAAUAGAGAAUUCUGAUGUUGGAGAACAUGAAGAUGCAGACGUUAAAGCUGAAAAACAAAAAGUUUUAAAUCUCAUUACUUCAUCAUCCGUUCAGGAACCACCUGUAGUUCUUGUACAGAAUCUGAGGAAAGAAUAUCGACAAAAGGAAUCAGGAUCAUGCAGUUGCUGUUCAAAACAAGAUGAAGAAUCUAGUCAAAUACAACGAAAAGUUGCUGUAAGAAAUCUUUCGUUAGCGGUUGAACCAGGCGAGGUGUUCGGAUUACUGGGCCACAAUGGUGCUGGCAAAACGACAACGAUGAAAAUUAUCAUAGCAGAAGAAGCGGCCACUCGAGGUAGAGUGCAAAUCGGUGGUUAUAAUAUUACUACCAAUAUGUCAGAAGCUUUUAGACAAAUGGGCUACUGCCCUCAACAUGAUGCUCAGUGGAAGAAUAUUACUGUCAGGGAACAUUUAGAAUGUUACGCCGCUAUUCGUGGUGUACCGUGGAGGGAUAUCAGCAGAAUCGUGGAUUUUUAUCUUACUGCUUUACAAAUUCACGAACAUGCUGACAAACAAAGCCAAGAAUGUUCUGGUGGAACUAAAAGGAAACUUAGUUUUGCUAUGGCAAUGAUUGGAGGUCCAAAGGUUGUUCUAAUGGAUGAACCUAGUGCAGGAAUGGAUCCUAAAUCAAAAAGGUUUUUAUGGGAUACAAUUCUUGCUAGUUUUCAGGGUGGUAGAGGAGCAAUUCUAACCACUCAUUCAAUGGAAGAAGCUGAUGCUCUAUGUUCUAGAGUGGGUAUAAUGGUAAAAGGAGAGUUAAGGUGCAUUGGUUCUACCCAACAUUUGAAGAACUUGUAUGGUGCAGGAUAUACCCUUGAAAUGAAACUUUUAGGCGGUGAUUGUACACCUACGACACCUUCCGGUGACAGGAUUACGAGUCUGAAAGAAUUUGUUUCCAGUCUUUUUCCAGAUGCAACUCUCGAAGAAAGUUUUACCGACAGAUUAGUUUUUGCUGUUCCUCAACAUGCUGUUAACUCGCUGGCCGAGUGUUUUAUGCAGUUAGAGAAAGCCAAGCUCGAGUUGGAUAUUGAAGAGUACAGUUUCAGUCAAACUACUUUGGAACAGGUUUUUCUUAAAUUUUCACACUAUGACGAAUCUAACUUGGGAGAAUGAUGACUCACACAGAUAAGUGUGUUUAUUCGCAUGUGUUGUAUAGUGAAAUAUUCAUGGAACUGCUCAAGUUGUGCAAAAAGUGUAAAAAAAAGUUAUUUUUAUUGGAAGAAGUGAUUUGUUCUUUAGUGUUUCCACAUAAAUACUAUUGAAAAUCACGCAGACAGAGACUAUUUCUCCAUUCUAAAUACCAAGAACAUAUUAACAGUUACGAAGGGACUUUAUAUUAUCUUUGGAUGCAAUAUUUGAAGACAUCAUAUAAAUCCUGUCUUGACACCCGACGAGUCUGUGAGUGAAAGAAAACGUAUUUUAACGGUAUACAUCGAUCGACCUAAUUGCUAAAAAAAUUAAAUACCUUUUUUGUGCCGAUGUAUCGUAUUGUUACGUUCGUCAGAAUUAACAGUGACUUCCUGGAGGUAAUUGUCGUGAGAUAAAUGAACAUACGUGUAAAAUUAAUUGAACUGUAAAUAAUGGAAACU